CAACCCUAAGCUAAACAAAUGGGCGGCUAUUUCCGUUGCCUUAAGAAAUGGCCAACGGUGGCAGAGUUUGCUGCAUACUCUGCGGACGGUCCGAAGAGACGAAGGUAACCGGACCUUUAUCCACUAAAUGUGAAGUCACGGCUCAUCAAAACUGUCUGCUUUUUGCCUCAGGAAUUUAUUGCCAGGAGUCGCCACUACAUGACGACCUGUUCGGUUUCUUCGUGCAUGAUGUGAUGGACGAGGUGAAACGAGGAAAAAAACUGAAAUGUCACCAUUGUAAGCGUAGUGGUGCCACCGCUGGAUGUGGAAACUCCCGUUGUAAGAAGUCCUACCACUACCCGUGUGCUGUCGAGGAAGGAGUCCGGACGGAUGAGGAUAUAAAGAAUGGGAAAUAUGAGUUGUACUGCCCAAACACAGUGAAUCGCAAAGUAAAAACUCCAAAGAGACCACAGUCUGUUUAUGAAAUAACAGUAUCCAUGUUUUAUUGUCAUGAGGUGUUAUGCCUCACUUGUGAGAAAAAAGAAGGAAACAUCAGCUUGGAAAGUUGCUUUGAUGGAUUUGUAAUGUUGUAUUGUGCCGAACACGCUCCUGCAUCACUCAAGAGGAACACCAACGGAGAUUCUUCAGGAGCCGGGCCGUCUAGGUGCAGCAGCAGUGACUCCACAUCAUCCGGCUGCUCACGUUUAUCCUCCAAGAGACGGAUCAGUUCAGAUGAAGAUGAGGGAAUGAGCCCCUCUAAACGUAAAUCUAAUAUCAGUGUGAGGAGGAUAUCAGAGGAUUCCUCAAAUUCAGAUGAGAAUACACCUGGUUCAGAGUGGGCCCCUUUAGAGUUUGAUAUAAACGGAAGUGUAUACUCUGUUCACGACUCUGAGCCUCCUGCUGAGCCUCAGCUGAUCAGAAAAGACACUGAGAGCCACACAGGGUCCAUCUCAGGACAUCAACCGGAGGACGAGAGCAGUAAUGAAGCUGAUGAAACUUUAAUUCCCUCAGAUGCCGAGUCCGAGAGUUUACUGCUUCCUGUGACGGUCUGCGUGGAUUCUCCGUCGCUUCCAGUCACGACUUCUGAUUUCUCGGUACAGACAGAAGUGAGAGUGGAAGAAAUAAUGAUAAUAAAGAGAGAAAAAGGCUCCAGUCCCGAGCCGAGUCCUGUCCCCAGUCCUGAUCCACAACCCGCUGAGCCCUCUGUCCCAGAGCAGAGCUCCACUGCGCCCUCUCCCUCCCCCGAUCGCUCCGAGCCCGGCGGUGGUGUUAGCUCACCUCUGUGCACCAAGACGCCCUUCACUGCAGCUCCACUUGAACCCAUCAGCAUUACCAUCCAUUCCUCCCCUCCCCUUCCUGCAGCACUCCUCCCCUCCGUCUCCCCAGAGCCCAGCAUCGACCCCACCAGCUUCUGGAAAAGCUGCAACGCUACAGGAUGCACUCAAGCUAUCUUCACUGAUUUCAUGAAUGAGAUGAAUCUUAUCUCUGGCAGAAUUCAGUCCGACCAGGCCAGCCAGGAGGAUUAUGAUCAAGCUCUGAAAGUGAUGGAGGCUUCUGGGAAACUUGUAGAGCUCGUGACCAAGCAGCAGAAAGAAUUAGAAAGAAAACAAGGGGAGCUGGAGAAGGCAGCAGCAGCCAUGACGGAGGUCAUCUCUCUACUGAAGAGAUGAGUCCGUCAGCAGCCACAAAGACCUUCUCGUCUGUCCGGUUGGUUUAGUUAUAUAUUUCUCUUGGGGACCUUUUUUUUAUACAAACCGUAUUAUUGUUCUUUGUGAUCUUGAUUAUGAGUCCAUAUUUAUGACAGUUUGAAGGGUUGGAGUUAAUGUUGAAUAUGAAUGAGCACGUAUAGAGCUUUAAAAUGAUCUCAAAGUGUAGCCUUUAGAGGUGAAGAAGAAGUCACACAGCGAGGUGUCACAUCAUGACACCCAUGUUUUGAUGAAAAGAAAAAGAGAUCAUAAAGUGAUAUAAGUGAAAACCCUAUGAAUUGAAGUUUUACUGACAUUUUUAUAUAUUUAAAAAGUAACAAUAAUUCAUAUUAACAUAAUUAUUUUUUUAAUGAUGUUUGUUCAUUUUGUUUGCAUUGAUCUGUUGUGCUCAGUCAUGUGUUAAACUGUAGGUUUUUAACUGUACACUACUCACUUGAAGCAGACCAGUUUUAUGUGAAGUUUUAAAGGUUUUUAUGUGUGGGUUUUAAAUGUGUGUAUUUCUGAAUGUCAAAAUCAUGAUAUCUGUAAGUAGUCAUGGUGCUGAAACGUUUCAUUUUCAAAGGUGCACAAAAGCCUUGUUGCCCAAACUCCGAUUGUCACUGUAACUCAAGCAGUCACUCGAGUUUUUCUCUCUCAAGAAGUUACCGAAUAGUUCUGAAGCCAACAUUUUCAUGUUCAAUCAAGAUUGAAGUUCAUAUCAGUCAAUACAAGCAAAAAGAGAACCUUAGGUUUACUACAACAUGUCAUGUUCACAAGACGCUCAAAUCGGUUUCUAAUAGAAUUCUAAAGACGACAAUAAAUAUCACUUUCUUGGUGAUAAACUUCCUCAUAAUUUGUGUUUGAAGUUUAUUUUCUAAUUGUUUGUAACGUGGGUUUAGUGACGGCAACCACAUGUCCAGAUGGAAGAUAUUUUUGGUUGAUUCUGAAUUUGGCUCUGGGGUUUUAUCAGCCUAUUAAUCUGAACUAUACUCAACCAAUCAGUUAAGAGGCAGACCACAUUAAUCGAUGACUGAUCUCCUCUUUGUGAGCACAUUUACAGCUGACAGACCUACUCAAUCAGUCAGAGCCCCUCUGCAGAAUUCAAUCAGGCCCAUUUACCAUUGUAUUCACAGGACAGUACAUCUCUGAACGAUGUCCAUUAAUCUGUGAUUCUGUUUAGCAACAGAGCAGUGGUACGGAUGGCCGGUGUGACCGCGCCCUAAGCUGUUAGAGAAUGACCCUUUAGAAAUGUGAAACUUAAUAAACAGACAGUUUCGGACAGUAUAGACAGUACGGAUGGCCAGUGUGACCGCGCCUUACUGUCAGUAUGUUUUUCAAUUGAAAAAUGUUUUUUUUUUAAUUGUUGCUCAAAAUGACUUUGUUACUGUAAAGUCUCAUCUUUUCCAGAAGCUUUAAAUGCUGAAAAUAAAUUCAGAAAACAAGAA